UCAAUCAAUCAAAUUUAUUGCAUAUUCGGCCAACGGCCCUUGCAGAAAUAUUAGAAUAAUUUUACAAAAUUUGUAAUAUAUAGUAUGGAAUUUAGGUUAUGAUUAUAAUUAGAUUUUCCGUAAUGUUUACACUAAAGCAUGUUAGUCAGUGCACAUGUCAAGCAUUUUUGAUACGGACGUCCAAAAUAAGAAUAUAGCUUUACAAUGAUCAAUAUUUAAAAUGCUUUCUUUCAGUAAAUUGACAAGAUCAGUUCCGUGAUGAUUAGUAAGGGAGAAGUUUAGUCUAGACAAUAGAGUUGCACGUUCAAGAGAAAGGGGUUUACAUUCAAAUAGGAAAUGUUGAGCUGAGGUUAGAUUGGUAGAUGUGCAGAGUGUACAUUUCACUGUUAAAAAUGUCAUCAACUUUAUUUUGUGUUAAUAUUCGGGUGACACUGGCUGGGGUAAAAUUUAUACGAGUCAGCAUUAAAAGCUCUACCCAUUACCAGGUAACACGCAAUACAGUGCCAGAAAGGGUAAGAGUUACAAAGUUACCCUGGCUGGCAUUGUGAGCAACCCUGUAAAAAGUUGCCAUUAUAUUUUAACUCGGUGCGAGAUUGUAAAUGGGCGGGAUUUGGUCGAGGCUGCCACUGCGCUCCAUUCAUUCUUCUACUCCUAUACAUCUCGCUUCAGCUUAUUGGCCAGUCUUUGUGAAUUCUUAAUAUUUGAAAAAUUCCGUAAAUAGUAAAUAACGUAAAUUUCGAAAAUGUCAUACGUUGAGGUGCGACGUCUUCUUCAACAGUGCGGUUUGGAGGAUUAUAUCACCAAGUUUGAAGAGAAUCACAUUAACGACGAAGCAGUUUUGGAACUUUCCAAAGAAGACAUGGUCGAUCUCGUUCCAAGUAUAGGACACAGGUCAAAACUCGUCAAAGCAAUUCAUCAACUAAAAACUGGAGCCGUCUACGUAUGUUUUAAAUGUCGAGAUAGUUUUGGUAACUUAGAUUUAUUGUCGAGGCAUUUCAAAAUUGUACAUAAAUUAAGAGGUAACAGUGAGUACAGGUGCCCACAUUGCAAUGGACUUUAUGAAAGGAAAGCUUAUCUUAAACAUUUUAGAAAUGUUUUUAGUCUUCAUACUAAUCUUUUUGAAAUUAAUUUUGACGAUUGUAACAAUCAGGCAGACGUAUUAAAUUGUGAAGUAAUACCGUGUACACCAUGUCCCAUAGAUUCCAAUUUAAAUAGCAAUUAAACCAGAUCAACAAAUCAUUUCGAAUUUUGCAUUUCAAAACUGUUUGCUGCCUUACUGGAAUCUGGAAAAAUUCCAUUGCUCACUUGUAAUAAGAUUGUUUCAGUUGUAAAAGAAAGUGUUGAAGAGGCAAUCAAAUUAUGUUGCUCAAUAGCUGACGAGCAAUUUCAAUGUAGUUCUACUAGAAAUUUUUCGUUGAACAAUGCUCCGUUUCAAAGUUUACUGGCAGUUUUUGACAAAUUUGGAUCUAAAUAUAAAAUGGACAAAUACUUAAUUGCAAAUAAACUUAUGAUCGAGCCUAGAGAAAUUGUGCUAGAUAGUGACAUUAGUUUUCAGUCAAAAAAUAUGAAAUAAAGAUCCCAGGUGUAUAAAGCAAUUUCAAUGCAAUAUGUAUCUAUUCGCGACUCAAUUAAUCAACUUCUGCAGAAGCCUGGAUUUCGAACCAUUUUGCAAACACAAAUGUAUAGCCAUGGGCAAUACUUUUCGUGCUUUAGGGAUGGCAAAUUAAUCAAAAGCUUUAGUCAAAAACCAGAGAAAGAUUUUAUUUUUAUCAAUUUGUAUUACGAUGACGCUGAGGUUGCAAAUCCCUUGGGUAGCAAAAGCGGAAGACACAAAAUUGCGAAUUUUUAUUUUUCAAUACUAGACAUGCCACAACAUUUUCUUUCAAAACUUGAAAACAUUAUGCUAGUUGCGUCAGUAAAAUCAGAAGAUUUAAAAUUGUGCUCCCCAAAUUCUGUGCUCAAAAUUAUCAUGCACGAAUUGAAAGAACUCUGGGAAGAUGGAAUUAAAUUCAGUGCUAAUGGCGAGGAAUUUAAUUUUAAAGUAAUUUUGGCGCAGGUGUCUGGGGACAAUUUAGGGCUGCAUUCCGUUUUAGGUUUUUCGGAAGGGUUCAAUGCAAAUUUUCCUUGUCGUAGAUGUCGAAUGCAGAAAAGGAAUGCCAGACAACGUGCACUGAGGUCAAAUCUAAUCUCCGAAAUGUCGCAAACUUUGAAAAUGACAUGAUAAUUAACAAUUUGAGUGAAACCGGAUUGAAUUUUCGCUGUAUUUUAAAUUCUCUUCCGUAUUAUCAUGUCACAAUUAACUUUGUAUUUGACAUUAUGCACGAUAUAUUUGAGGGCGUGGUCCCAGAUUUAUUUCAUGCUGUAACUAACUAUCUAAUUUCUGUUAGGAAGAUGACUAUUGACACAUUGAAUUACAGAAUAGAAUCGUUUGAUUUCGGGCGACACUACAAUAAAAGUCGCCCUUCACAAAUUAAACCAUCUUUCAUGAAAGGUGACACUAAAUCCGGACAAAAUGCGUCACAAAACUUGUGUUUGGUUCUUUUCCUUCCGUCGAUUUUGGGAGACCUCGUGGACCCAUGUGACAAAGUUUGGUCUCUCUUUCUGCUUCUAAACGAAAUUGUCCGAAUUUUGUUAGCAAGCAAUAUUUCCAAGGGUGGAUUGGUACUCUUGGACUCGUUGGUCGCCGAAUUUUUGCAUACAUAUCAAGUCUUGCUGAAAAAACGUUUAAAACCUAAACAGCACCAUAUGAUUCACUACAGCUCCGCUAUUAAGCAGAUUGGCCCUCUUAGAUAUUUUUGGAGCAUGCCUUUUGAAGCUCGACAUAAAUUUUUUAAGACCACUGCCCACGCCAGUGGUAAUUUUAUAAACAUUUGUAAAUCUCUUUGUUAUCGAUUUCAACUCUCCCGUUGUUUCAGAUUAAUGGGCGUAGACGCAUUCACUCCUCACAGUUUUGCAUUUAAUGGCUGCCAAACAAUUUUAUUGUCAGAAGUACAGGAUAGUGGAAUAAUUGCAAAAUUAUUUCAUAAGAAUUUGUUGGAUCAAAUUACAGUGACCGAGAGAGUGACGCACAACGGAUCAAAUUUUGAGUUAGGUAGUUUUGUUUUGUUAAAUUAUUGCAACAAUAAUCCUGAGUUCGGGUGCAUUAAAUUGAUCAUGAUGGAAGUGGAAGAGUGCUAUUUGUUGGUUAGUAAAUAUCUACGCAAAUUCAUUGAUCGUGUAUCUGGUUUUCAGCUUUUGAAUUCGGAUUCCUUGUUGGUGAUAAAUAUUAGCGCUAUAAAAUAUUUCCAAUGCUUCUAUGAGACGAUUUCGUUUGAAAAUGACACACAAAGAUAUAGUAUAUUACCAUUUAAAUGUAUAUAGUUAUGCAUUUACAAACUUAAUGCUAUGCAUAGAUUUCGACUAUUUUAAAUUAAUUCUGUUCGUUAAAAAUGAACGUAUGUAUAUGUAUUUAUGUAGAAAUCGCAAUCGCCAAUUACGUUAUUAGUUAAUAUUGUUUGUAUUUAUGUUGUAUGUAUGUAGGAAUCACAAUCGUCAGUUUUUAGUUAUUCAUUUAUUGAUGAGAAGGAAAUGAGAGAAAGGGGUCUAAAUUUAUCACCAAACCUGUUCCGUAAAAAACAAGCUGGAAAUUUGCAAACCUCACCUGGCUCCAGUCCGCAGCUGAUUAUUGUUAAUCAACCACAGCAGAACGUUAAUCAGGAUUACAUCAAUUCGGAACUCACUUUUAAUGUAAUUUCAACUUUGGACGAACUAUCCAGACCAAAUUCUCCAGUAUUACCAUCAGCCAUGGCUAACGCUACAUUAGUGAAUAAUGACCAGCUAAUUACGAUGACGGAGAAAUUCACAACAGUGCAGGAAUCCCAGUUGGAAACAUAUGUUAUGCCGGAUGUAAACCAGCGAGCGAUCGUUUCUAAACCCCAAAAGCCAUAUUAUGGAUUUGAUCUUAAUACCAUUUUGAGAGACAACGAGCAGGCCCGACGCAUCGUGGAAGAAAAAAUUCCAUCUAACGAAUUCAUACUUCGCAGCGACCGCAUAGCCGUAUGUAAUGUUCUGAUUGACGCAAUCAUUAAAAUUCUUGGGACAAACCCAAGUAAGCAAGCAAUGGAACAUCUGGCGGUUGAUCUUGUAAAAUCUUAUCCAUCGCUUGGUGACCCAAGAAAGAAAAGUCUUGGGGCCUGUAUGUGGUAUCAAAGUUCGGCAUUUGGGGGUGGACCUGCUGGCUUCCUCGAAGAAAGGUUGAAAAACCAAAGGAAGAAAUUGGAAUUAAACCAUGUGGACAUUGUUGAUAAUGUUGACAUUUGCACUUUAUCCUGGGAUUCUGAGAAUGAAGAAGAAAAUCCAGAGCGGGAUGAAAAGAUUUUGGAAUAUCUUCGCCAAAACAGAGGAGAAGGUGUAAUUUCCAGUAUGAAAACUACGGUUUUUAUGCGGAGAACUGUCAUCAGACAUGAACUCAAGGAUAAUUUAGCUGGUUUCCUGAGACUUCCGGGGAUUCUUCCACGUUUGUUUGACAUGGAGGGAAUGAUUGUACAAGACUUCGACUUAAGGCAUCCCGCGCUAAAACUCGUCAUCUAUGAUCGCUGGCCUAAGGCGUCAAAACUGCUGCUGAACUACGCGGAGAAAAGUGGCGUGGAUUAUGUUAGAAAACUAGAUAUUCAUAAACCACGCUGCGAUUUGACUGACAAUGACGUGUCCUUAAUGGCUUAUGCCCUGCUGCCUUACAUUCUUCCGUCAUGCGCAAGAAAAAUCGCAACAAGAGUGGAAGUCGUAAAUGAAGACGAAGAUGAAGUCAGUGCACCUCAGCCAAAACGAUCCAAAAGCAGUAAAUUGCAAAAGGGCCGAAACAAGGCUCCAUUAACCGCCCAGUCUAGAACUGUGAAGGCAUCGGAUCUCGACUCGAGGAACAGCUUGAUUUUAUUCCGCUCGAAAAAUACGCAUGUGUCUAGCGUUUUAAGUGAAAAUAAGAACCCUGCACCAUUUAUAUUGGCAUUGGGAUCGACAUUUGACCUCAAGAUGGAGUCAUUCUUUGUAAUUUUGGAUAAAUUUGCCAUUCCUUGUGGAAACAGUUUCAUGUUGGCCUUAGAUACCUGCCUUAAAAGUUUUACCGUUUUCUAUCUGCCUCCUCCCGUCGAAUCAAAAGGUGUUUGGCAAUUUCUUCAAUACGGGAUUGCUGGAAAACCUUGCGAGAAUGAAGUUUUGUCACCAGCCGUACAAGCUCUCAUUGGACAAAUAAUGCCUAGGUUGUGAUUAAUUAUAUAGUCAAUUACAUAUGUAUUUGUUAUUCAAUUAACCUAUUUGUUAAUUAAUAAAUGGGAUAAAUAUUUUAAAAUGCGAA